AUGGGUGCCUCUGCGAAACCAGAUCCAGACUCGGACUCUCCGGCCGAGGGAAACAAGAGUGCUCGCCAGAGCAAGCUCCGCGAGGACGUUGACCUCGACCUUGCUUACUUGCCCAUGCUGGCCUGCUGCUUUGUGUCGGGCUUGACCGACGGCACCAUCUACAACGCCUACGGCACAUUUGUAUCCAUGCAGACAGGAAACACAAUCUUCGUCGCCCUUGGGACGUCGGGCUACAACAACAAGCCCUACGGCUGGGCGCGCUCCCUCUGCUCCAUCGCCUUCUUCAUCCUCGGCUCCUUUGCCUUCUCCCGCUUCGCCCUCACGCUGGGCGGGCGGCGUCGCGGCGUCGUCAUGCUCUCCUUCCUGCUGCAGUCGCUCAUGGUCGUUGUCGCGGCCUCCAUUAUCCAGGGCGGCGUCAUUGACGGGUCCUACCCUUCAAGGCGGCCCCCGACCGACGUCGACUUCAAGGAGCUCAUUGUCAUCGCCCUGCUGAGCUUCCAGGCCGCCGGGCAGAUUGUCAGCAGCCGAACCCUCAAGGUCGGCGAGGUGCCUACCGUCGUCGUGACAAGCAUGCUGUGCGAUCUCAUGUCUGACCCGGCGCUCUUCACCCUGGGCAAGAAUCCCAAGCGGAACCGGCGGUUCAUUGCCUUUGUCCUGACUCUUGUCGGAGCCAUCUGCGGCGGAUGGAUCUCCAAGGCUGCCAGCGCAGUAGAUCCCUCGCUCUGGACCGUCGCCGCCAUCAAGCUUGCCAUCGCCUGCGCGUGGUACUUUUGGAAAUCGGAGGCCGAUUCGCUGGUUUGA